GUACCAUAUGAGUACUUGCCUUGCGCUGUAAAGCUGAGCGAUAAUUAGUCGGAUAGAUGUUCCGUUGCUAGCAAUGCUAGGGUCGGAGUAACUUCAUAGUCAGACCCAGAGCGAGACGCACAGACAUGUUAUUCAGCGCUAGCCGUUUGCGGCAUACGAACCUUUUGCCUGCGACUGCUUGCUUGUUAUGUUUUUUAUCAUGCUUGUCAUCAAGCGCAGAGCUUCUCAUUGGUUCCCAGAAAUGCGUAUUCAUUUUUGCUACGGGUCGCUCGGGCUCGACGUCGCUUAUGGACGCACUAAACCAGAUUCCACACUACCUAAUUCGUGGAGAGACUUGGGUGGCCCAUGGAAACUUGUUUAGCGCGUACCAGCACUUACGUGAAGCAAGGACUUCCCCAGGACAAGAAUUUUUUCAUUUUGCUAAAAUACGGGAACGCUUUAAAGAUGUUAAGCUGGCGUAUGGGAAGCGUGCGGAGACAACCAGACUGCCCUUCUUUAACGAGUUCUCAGAAGACCGGGUACUUCUGGCGACACGGGCUUACUACACUGUACUGUACGGGCAUUACGGGAAAGACGUCGUCAGCGGGUUCAAGGAAAUCCGGUACGUUUGUGGAGUUUACUUCAACCAAACACGGUGUGAUGAACAUUUCCAGGAGUUUGUCGGUUUCCUCCGAGGCAUGUGUCAUGAUGUAAAGUUUCUUUUCAACACAAGGUUAUCAGCCUCUCUAGAAUCCAACAUCAAACGGUUUCAAAUGUUUGAUAACGUUACCUUCGCUACGGACUUCACCCACCUCCUCAACAAGACCCAUACGCUGUACGACAAUUAUGCCAUGCAACACAGCGAUCACGCAUUCCGGGUUUACAUGGAAGACAUGUUUAACAUCGAGAGGAACGCUACUUUGGCGAGAAACCUGCUCCAGUUCCUCGGGGAGGACACCUCGAUUCCCAUCCGGUUUAACCGCAUGCCAGGAUGGCAGCCAAGCUAUCCCACCCCGUAAAGGGCUGUGUCGAAGGAACUUUAGCAUGGUAUUGAUAAUCACAGCGUCAUCCUGGUGUACCAAGGAGCAUGCACCUGCUUUCAUGCAUGGGCUCUUCAACUUGCAUGUCACGUCACUGGGCGUCCGCGCUUGCUUGGCUAAACCUGAGUGCUCGUUGUCUUGCUUGCCGCCGUUGUACAUAUUGCAUGUUAGGUUUAGGGUGUUGGAUUUACGCAAGCAAUCACGUGAUGUAUGUUUUUACGACCUCACACAGUGCCUACCACACCCACACAGAUAUUUGUGGAAUUAACUAGGGCUUUUUUUGCUCCCUUCCGACACCUCUCACGGAAAUGGCCCGUUUUCACUCGUUACUUGUGGUGCUGCCGGCCUCGGAAGGCGCGGCCUAUUGGCGGAGGAGUACUUACCCGUACAUGUUUGCUCGCAUACUCAGGGCGCAGACAAGAAUGGUACUGGUUCUUCGGUCUGAUAGCUGUACACAGCUUUGCUGUCAGUCAAGGGUGUUCACGUUUAGUCAUGUCCCCCCUAGGAGUUGCCUCCAAGGUUCCGGUAGCUAGCAUAACAUGUCUAUCCGAGUGUUGUCAACGAUGUUUCCCAGGUGUUGGGAGCUGUGCUGCCCUUCAACGGUAUACGACAGCCACAUGCCUUCACUAGGGCAUGUUUGGCAGCAUGCCUGUCAUACACACACACUGGCUGCAAAACCAUACGUUGGUUAUAAUUACUCCAACAGAUACCACAGGCGCAUUUGGUAGUAUAUGUUAAGGUUUUGAGCGGGCGAUGUUUGAGUGGACGUGGUGUGCAUGCUGCCAUUCGGGCCAUUUUUUUGCGCUUCACGCGGAUUGCUGGGGUGAGCAGCGAUGAGCGAACAGGUGAGAAGUAUUAAACCAGACCGAAGCGAUCUCAUGGCCUGCCCGAGUGGAUGUGUGGCAUGGAGGGCUGACGGUGUGUUGGGGUGAUGGGGGAGGUGACGUGGCUGUGCACGAGGGCGGCGCGUGGGUGUCAUGUUCGGGAGGGUCUGCUGGCGGCGUAGGGACAUGCAAGGGGGUUCUUACACGGGCGAGCAAGCGGAAGGCCCAAAUUGUGCCAAUGGGCAGGUUGCACCGGCUAGCCAGGCGUCUGCGGCCCUCAGGGGCAAGCUGUUGUGUUAAGAAUGGUCGCAAUCGUGUUGGCGACCAGGGGGUAUCAGAGGCGUGCACAGAACCUGAAGCUCGGUCCUAUGUAUCAGUUGCC